UGUGUCUACCAUAUAUGAAUUAAGAAAUAAUCCCUUCGCUCCAUUAUCGUCAUUUUGGUUGGUAAAGUAAACUAACUUCCAUUAUUAUUCCCUAUAAUUCCAAACAAUCCUGACACGUGUCUAAUUUAAUUUCACUAAUUCUCCCAUUUCAGAUUAAUCCAGAAUAGUUGCACCCGAAAGCUUAAUCCAUAUCACCACUCAGUUCUAUAUAUAGAGAAGAGAGCAAGAGUAGAGAGUUAGGAUUCAGUAGCUAAUAAAGGUGGCAUUAGUUAUCAAUUUAUCAUUAUUCUUUCAAGAAGGAGAACAAAUGGAAAUGGCAUUGAGGGACAUGGGUUUGGAUACAUCAAUGAUUUCAGCGAUUCAAGACAUGCUGGACUUGAUGGACACCGACGCCGACAAGCCGGGUCAGUCGCAACACCCGUCAAAGGCUUAUAUCCGUGACACCAAAGCCAUGAGAGCCACCCCCGCGGACGUGAUCGAAUACCCGAAUUCGUACCAAUACGUGGUGGACAUGCCGGGUCUGAAACCCGACCAACUCAAGGUCCACCUUGAGGAAGACAACGUUCUGGUGGUUUCCGGUGAUCGGAAGCGGGAGAAAGAGGAGGAUGUCAAGUUCUUGAAAAUGGAAAGGAGGGUCGGGAAGUUGCUGAAGAAGUUCGUCUUGCCUGAAAAUGCGGAUACCAACAAGAUCAACGCAAAUUAUCAGGACGGGGUGUUGACCGUGACGGUCGACAAGGUUCCACCCCCGGAGCCGAAGACACCUAAGCUUAUUGAAGUCAAAGUAGGUCAACGGGAAUAAGGUGGCAGGGCAGCCGAGAGUUAAGAAUGAAUAUUACUAGGGUGUUCUAGACAUCUUAGUACUCCAAUAAGAAUGUAUUGUUCUUGCAUGCGUUUUGGCUUUAGGUUGGAAUUGACGUCGUACUUGUAACCUGUUGUGUGAAAUAUGUAAUGUAGAGAAAGAGAAGUUGUGGCUUGGGAGUUAGUACUGUUAAUUAGUAUAUGGUAAUUUUUGCAUCUUUG